AUGCUAGAUUUACAAGAGAAACAAUCGUUAGCUGGCGAUUCUCCAGCCAAAAGCUUUAUAUCAUCAUCGACAGAAACAGAGACUAUAGCAGAAUUUUCGACUUUCAUAGAGAAACUAAGUCCAAUUCUUGAUGAAAUGAAAGACAGCAAUGUGGUCGCAGACCUACCAACCAUUCAGAAGGCGAUCGAAUCACUUGAAACAGAUAUCAGACAUGCCAAAUCUGUCGUUGGAAGUCCAAAUAUUCAAUCAUCACCCACCAAGCAUAUUGAAAAUUUGACGCAGAAUCUGGGAAGAUCAUUAGGCCUCGUGCUCUUUGCAAGCCAUGAUGUACCAAUAGCUAAUAAGGAAAAGAUUAAGGCGUUACGCCAGGAAAUGAUGAAUGUCAGAUUUGAUUUGAGUUCGGAGCGUGAAUCAGAAUUUCCGAGUGAGGCAGAGGAGGAAACAAUGGAGGAAGAAAUCGAAGAGGAAAAAACAGAAAACGAAAUAGAGGAGGAAACAGAAGAGGAGGAUAAAAUAACGUUGGACGUUGAUGAUGUUAUGAUGCAGAUUAAGAAUGGUAACCAUGGAAAAUUUAAAAAUGCUCUUUUGAGGUUAAAUGCACUCAUCAUGGAUGGUAUGGUUUCAAACGAAAGGAUCAAUGAUGAAGGUACGAUCAAGGUUUUAUCUCAACAAUUGGGUUCGUGUAAAGGAGAUGACAGAGUGACUAUAAUUCAAAUACUACGAUAUAUUAUCCUGCAGAAUAAUCAAAACAAGGAAGAAAUGAAGGAUUUUGGAUUUCUAUCGACAUUAGUGAAGUCACUGGCACGGGAUGUGGAAGAGAGAAGGGAAGCCGUAGGGCUGUUAUUGAAUCUUGCAGAUGAUCCAGAAGUCAGAAGAAGAAUUGGGAGAGUGCAAGGAUGUAUUGUAAUGUUGGUGACGAUUUCCAAUGGAGACGAUCAAGAUGCUUCUCGAGAUGCAAGAAAAUUGCUAAAUGCAAUGUCAAGCAAUACUCAACAUGCUCUUCAUAUGGCUGAGGCUGGUUACUUCAAGCCUCUAGUACACCAUCUAAAGGAAGGCUCAGAUAUGAGUAAAGUACUGAUGGCAACAGCAAUAUCAAGGAUUGAGCUCACAGAUCAAAACAAAGCUUCCCUUGGAGAAGAUGGGGCAAUCGAACCCCUCGUGAACAUGUUCAACAAGGGGAACCUUGAAUCUAAACUUUCAGCAUUAAAUGCGCUGCAAAGUUUAUCCAGCCUGAAGGAGAAUAUCCAACUCUUGAUUCAUUCAGGAAUUGUAGUAGCUCUUCUUCAGCUUCUUUUCACUGUGACGUCUGUUCUCAUGACUCUGCGUGAACCAGCAUCAGCAAUUCUUGCAAAGAUUUCUCAAUCUGAAAGUAUACUUGUGAAACAAGACGUUGCUCAGCAGAUGCUCUCCCUUUUAAACCUGUCUAGUCCGGUGAUUCAAAAUCAUCUCUUAGAAGCACUAAAUAACAUUGCUUCCCAUUCAAGUGCGUCAAAAGUCAGGAAGAAGAUGAAGGAAAAUGGCGCAAUUCAGCUUCUCCUACCAUUCCUUACAGAAAGAAAUACUAAAAUCAGGACCGGUGCCUUAAAUUUGGUUUAUACACUCUCCAAAGAUAUACCGGGAGAAUUCAGAGAACAGCUGGGUGAUACACAUCUGACAAAUAUUGCAGAUAUAGUUUCAACAUCAACAUAUGAGUGCGAAAAGGCUGCUGCUCUUGGCAUACUCAGCAAUUUGCCAGUGGAUGACAGGAAAAUUACAUUUUUGCUUAAGAAAGCGAACUUAUUUCCCGUGUUAAUUUCCACUGUAAGUUCAUUGUCUUCUACUUCAACCCCUACAACGACAUGGUUGACUGAGAGCAUAGCAGGUAUACUAAUCAGGUUCACAAUUCCUACUGAUAAAAAACUUCAACACUACUCUGCUGAGAAUGGCAUAAUACCUGUUCUUCUCAAGUUACUUUCAAGUGGGUCAUCAGUUACUAAAUCUAAGGCUGCUAUUUGCUUUACUCAACUGUCUCAGAAUUCUCUACAUCUAAGUAAGUCGAGAAAAUCAAAGUGGUUUUGCAUUCCUCCUACAGAAGCUGUAUGUGAAAUUCAUGAUGGAUACUGCUCUGUCAAAAGCACAUUCUGUUUAGUGAAAACCGGUGCUGUCUCUCCAUUGAUUCAAGCAUUGGAAGGUAGUGAAAGGGCAUCAGAUGAAGCAGUUCUCAGUUGCCUUUCGACACUUUUAGAAGAUGAAAUUUGGGAGAAUGGGAUCACUUAUAUCUCCAAAAUGUCAGGAAUUCAACCCAUUCUCAAGGUUGUUGAAUCAGGGAAUUCAAAGUCUCAAGAAAAAGCCCUUCGGAUAUUGGAAAAAAUUUUCAGAGUUGAAGCUCAUAGAGUAGAGUAUGGUCAUUCUGCACAAAUGCUUCUCAUUGAUCUAGCACAAAAAGGGGAUCCUAUAUUGAAACCAACAGUGGCCAAGUUAUUGGCACAACUUGAAAUCUUGCAAGAUCAAUCUAGUUACUUUUGA